AUGAACGCCAGUCUACCGGCGCCCGGCGACAUCAACCUGUCGCAUGGCGUUUUCGGGGACUUCGACUACACCUUCACUGACAAGGAGCUGGAGGAUGUGCUCGGCUUCAUGGAGCGACAACAGCCCCACCUGGCCAGCACCCUGCCCACCCCGGAGACCGUGAACCUGCGCGCCCAGCCCCAGCCCUACGACUACGGCCUGCUGCACGUGGGCGGCGGGGGCUUCGACCCCGGCCGCAUGUCCCCCUUCCUGCCCUCCGACUCCCCCGGCCUGGGCGUCAAGCUGGAGCUUCUGGACUCGCCUCAGCAGGCCCCACAACCCCCGGGCAUGCCCCACCCGGGCGCGAUCCACAGCACGGUGGAGAAGCAGCGCCGGGACCGCAUCAACUCCCUGAUCGACGAGCUGCGCGACCUGGUCCCGCCACAGGCUGGCUGCGGCACCGGUGAGGCGGCCGAGGGCAGCGACUCGCGCCGGCCAAAGCACGUGGUGCUGGCCGACACCAUCCAGCUGGUCCGCGACCUCCAAGAAAAGUUGGUGACGAGCGAGCCCCGGCCGCGGCGGCAGGGCACCUCCUCCACCAGCGUGUCGGCGGCGGGGGCGGAGCACGACUCCUCGGCCCUCUGCCCGCCCGGCGAGUUCCACCGCGAGCUGUCCUCCAACAGCCAGCGCUCCGCCGACUCCCACCCCGACCUGCCCCAGGCCCCGGACGACGCCUCGCCCAUGGAGGAGGGGGUGGUGGUGGAGGCCGUAGACGACACCUUCUACGUGAAAGUGCACUGCAAGGACCGCGCCGGGCUGCUGGCCGACAUCGUGCGCGCCCUGAAGACCAUGCCCCUGGAGAUCACCAGCGCGGCAGUGACCACGACGCGUCACGGCAUGGUCUGCGACGUCUUCCAGGUCCGGCUGGAGCGCGGGGAGGCGGUGAGCCUGUCCGCAUUGCGCGACGCCGUGAUGGCCGUCAUCUUUGACUCGGUGGCCGUGGGCGAGAAGAAGCGCCGGGCCGACCAGUGA